UCCGAUUUUGCCGCGUCUGGUUCCAAGUUGCGGAGAGUUCGGAGCCCCAUUACGGACACGUCUGAUUUUGUCCGAAUUUCGUACUAUAAACGUAGCUGGAUUGCAAAUUUGCGACAUCAAAAUGAGUUUUCCAUACAAAUUUAUACGGACUCCGGAUGGGAAUUUCAUGGUAGUGCCCAAUUAUAAUUUUCCUGGGCACGUCGUAGAACCUCUGAGAACCAUUCUAGGGUCCAUCCCAGAACCUAACAACAAUGUUUCUCAGCCGCCAAUACAACCUUUACCACUGGGGAAAAUCGAAUUUUCAUCAAACCAAGAACCACAAAAACCAAAUUCUCCACGAAGAAAUACCGAAAAGUUAUUACACCAAAAACAAUCGAAUCAACAUUCACAACUGAUAAAUAUGGAUCAGUUAUUGGCAUCAGCGGAAGGGACUGCACUCAAGUCCAUAGACAUCACAGUCAGUAAAAAUCACAUUUCACAUAAGCCCCAAAAGCAAGAAUCGCUUUUGAAAUCGCGAGCCUCAGUCGACUACUCGCAAUGCUUGACUCUCGAGGAAAUUCAAGAAGAGCUCCAUAAUCCGGUCAAGGACAUUGUAAUGACGUGGUCGCCAAUCUGUGAGGAGAUUCAGGACCUCGUCAAUACCAGUUGCUCCGAGCAGGUUGAUCCGUUCGAUUUGAAAUUUUCACAUUCUGUGAACCCAAAGCGGUUGCGAGCGGAAAAGAGAAGGACCUUUGCAGGAGGAGCAGGAGGAUUCUUUGCUGCAGAUCCGCUGAAGCGGGAGGAAGGCCGCCACGUUGGAAGGAAAACGGCUAUUUACGGCAGUUAAUAAAUUUUUAACUGGUUCAACAAUUGCCCGCGAGUUCCGCCAACUAAUGACAAGAAACGCGGCAGUAAGUGGCGAUGAACCCGACGAGGAGCAGACCUCAACAGUUGGCGCCGAAGGGGAGGAUCAGGAGAAUCAGGAUGAGAAUCAGACGGUUCAGGAUGCAGGGCAGCCGGGAGCUGAUGGCCACCCCCUCAGCAGCGAGCAGCAACCAUCGACACAGCAGCGGCAUCAAAGAGCUCGAAAAAAGGAUAAGCAACCACAACGCAGUGCUGCCAUUCCCCAUCCGGAACAGGCUGUUUCGGAUGUGGACACGGAUUCCAGCUCGUGCGAGGGCAUCAAAGUGGGCGAGCGGAGGAGCACGCGGGUAAGUUACGCACAGAGGAAUCUCCAGGAGGAGGAGGAACUGGAUGAGUACGACUACAACGAAGAGGAGGAGGACGGCGAGGAGGAGGACGAGGAGGAGGAGGAGGAGUCCUACGACGACUACGAACAGUCCAUGAAGCCAGGAGGACGUUGUCCCCCACCGCGGACCUCCUCGAGUGUCCGUAGCAGACGCAAGACGAAAACCCGUCAAAUAUCCUAUCCCUCCUCGGAUUUGGGGUUGGGCAUUGGCGAAGGGCAGAACCUGAUCGAAGGCGAAUCCCUGGACAAACGCCGCUGCAUCUCCAAGGGACAAAUGAGGGAAUUUCGAGAAGCCUUUCGACUCUUCGACAAGGAUGGCGAUGGCUGCAUCACCAAGGAGGAGCUGGGCACUGUGAUGAGAUCGUUGGGGCAAUUUGCCAGAGUGGAGGAGCUGCAGGAGAUGCUGCAAGAGAUCGACGUUGAUGGCGAUGGCAAUGUCAGCUUUGAGGAGUUCGUGGACAUCCUGUCGAACAUGACGUAUGAGGACAAGUCGGGGCUUUCCUCUGCAGAUCAGGAGGAACGCGAAUUACGCGAUGCCUUUCGCGUUUUUGAUAAACACAAUCGGGGAUAUAUUACGGCCUCCGAUUUGCGAGCGGUGCUGCAGUGCCUUGGCGAAGAUCUCGACGAGGAGGACAUUGAGGACAUGAUCAAGGAGGUGGAUGUGGAUGGCGAUGGACGCAUCGAUUUCUACGAGUUUGUUCACGCCUUGGGGGAACCAGAGGACUCGCAGGAAAACGAUGACGAGGAGGAGAAUACCACAUCGCCGCUGCCCACACCGAAAUCGACGAAUAUUCAAGUUAAAAUAACAUAAUAAAAUCGAUACUCGAGCCGUGUUUUUCAACCUGCAAUAAUAUGAACCCCUAACGAUGUUCAUCAAUAAUCGAACGCCAGAGGCUCGGGAGGUAUCGCUUAUUACUUAUCAAAGGUUAAAGAAG